AUGGCUACCAGCAAAACUACCCAAGACGAGCAAUCAUCUUCAACCAACCAACAAAACAAUUCCUCAAGCGAAAAUGAGUCAAGGCAAAUGCAAAAGUCAAACAACAAUCAGUCAAAUGGCCAAGAUCAACAAGUUAUGCAACCAGCAGGUCAAGAAACGGAGAAGAAGCAAAAGAGUAGUGCACCUCGUGUGAAACUAGACAUGGAUCUCGAUAUUGAGCUGGAACUCAAGGCAAAGAUUCAAGGCGAUCUUGAAUUAGCAGUUUUACUUGAUGAGACUAUAAUGAUUAACGUCACUCCAGCAAAGUCGUGA